ACCUGUUUUCGAGUUUCGAAUUGCCUCUUUUUUUUAACUUAAUCUGCACUCCAACUGUUUGUUUAAUAGUACUACUAGUUAUGAGCAAUUCGGUGUCUCAUUCAAGCGGAAAGGGCCGAGCUUUAGAAUCUUCUUUUUGUUAAAGAAAUACUUGCGUCUUUCUCGAAGAUUUGAUGGCAUUUUGCAGACUGAGUUUUAUUUGUGGGACGGAAAAAUGAGAGAGAAUUGAGCACUUUUUUCUUGGGGCUUGGAUUGUGAAACACUUCUGCUGCAUUUAUUGUGGUCUUCAUUGUAAAGAAAUGGCUUGUGUGAAGCUGGGAUCCAAAACUAAUGCUUUUCAGAGGCAAGGACAAGCUUGGUUUUGCACAAGUGGUCUUCCAAGUGAUGUGGUUGUCGAAAUUGGGGAAAUGUCGUUCCAUCUUCACAAGUUUCCAUUGCUUUCACGAAGUGGAGUUAUGGAAUGCCUCAUUGAAGAGGCGUCCCAAGGAGAGGACGGCUGUGUCAUCAAGCUACCCGACAUCCCUGGUGGAGCAAACACAUUCGAGACAGUAGCCAAGUUUUGCUACGGGGUCAAGCUUGAACUCACUGCUGCAAAUGUCGUGUACCUCCGCUGUGCAGCCGAGCAUCUUGAGAUGACCGAAGAGUAUGGCGAGGGGAAUCUCAUCACUCAAACGGAGAGCUUCCUCGACCAGGUGGUUCUCGACAACUGGAGCGAUUCAUUGUGGGCCCUCCAGACCUGUGACAAUAUCCUCUCCCACGCUGAGAAACUCGAUAUUCCAAGACGAUGCAUUGACUCUUUGGCUGCCAAGGUGUGUACGGAGCAGAAUUUGUUGGGAUGGCCCGUGAUGGAGCGUGGAGGCCUGUUGCAGAGCCCCGGGGGGAGCAUGUUGUGGAACGGGAUAAGCACGGGUGCUCGACCAAAGAGCUCGAUUUCGGAAGAUUGGUGGUACGAUGAUGCAUCUGUUUUAAGUUUUCCACUCUACAAAAGGUUGAUUCUCGCUAUGGAGUCUCAAGGUGUGAAGCCAGAACUCGUCGCUGGCUCCCUAAAUUCAUACUCGAAAAAGUACCUACCAGGACUACACCGGCAUCGUGGCCCCACCGUGCCGAAAAAUCAACUGGUGGGGUCGCUGUCGGAGGAGGAUCAGAAGCUUCUCGUUGAAGAGAUCAAUUACUUGCUGCCGUUGGAGAAGGGCAUCGUACCGUCAAAGUUCCUCUUUGGUUUGCUCAAAACAGCUAGGAUUCUUCGAGCUAGCUCCUCGUGUGUGUCGAAUCUUGAGAAACAGAUAGGUUUGCAGCUCGAUCAGGCAGCGCUCGAGGAUCUCUUGUUGCCGACUUUCUCCUACUCAAUGGAGACAUUGUACGAUGUCGACUGUGUGUCGCGUGUUCUUGAUCAUUUCUUGGCUAUGGAUCAGGUGGCCGCCUCCCCGGGCUCCUUCGACGAAGGCCAACUAAUUGGCUCGCCAUCACUAACACCUAUUACGAUGGUUGCCAAGCUCAUCGAUGGCUACCUUGCCGAGGUUGCUCCGGAUGUCAAUCUGAAGCUCCCAAAGUUUCAGUCUCUUGCUGCCGCCAUCCCAGAGUAUGCCCGGCCAUUGGAUGACGGGCUUUAUCGAGCGAUCGACAUUUAUCUAAAGUCGCAUCCGUGGCUAGCGGAUUCCGAUAGGGACCACCUCUGCCGGCUGAUCGACUGCCAGAAACUCUCGUUAGAAGCGUGCACCCAUGCAGCUCAGAACGAGAGGCUCCCAUUGAGAACAGUCAUCCAAGUCCUGUUCUUCGAGCAGCUGCAGCUGAGGACUUCCGUGGCUGGCUGCCUGCUCGUCUCCGACAGCCUUGAUGUCUCAAGACAAGCGCCAAACGAAGGAGGCUGGACGGCCACAGGCAUGAGGGAGAACCACGCGCUGAAGGCAGGCAUGGAUAGCAUGAGAAGUAGGUUAUCCGAGCUUGAGAAGGAGUGCUCGAACAUGAGGCAGGAGAUCGGGAGCUUGGGGCGUGCGAAGAAAUGGAGCAUUUGGGGAAACGCGUCAAAGAAGCUUGGGUUGAAGUCUCAGAUGUGCAGCGCGCAAGAGGGAUCUGUUAGCAAGCAGAACGAUCGUGUCGAGGGUAAUGAGAAAUCUCGAGACAAGCAAAGGAAGAAGGAGAAGAAGAAGAAGAACAGACCGACUUCGGAUGUUUAAGUUCGUGUAUUUAUUUAUAAUAGCGUCUCCGAAUCCGAAUCUGCUUCGAGAUUCAGAGUCGGAGACGACGACUCAUUGACUUUGCGACAUAUGAACGUGCAUUGUAUCAAAUGUUUCCGUGCCUAGAAGAGGGCUUAGUCUAGCCCAUUCUACAA